AUGGCGUGGCGCGGCUGCUGCUGCUCCAGCCUGGGUCACCUGAAUGAGGAUAACGCCCGCUUCCUGCUGCUGGCCGCGCUCAUCAUCCUGUACAUGCUGUGCGGGGCCGCCGUGUUCUCGGCCAUCGAGCUGCCCACCGAGAGGGAAGCCAAGGAGAAGUGGGAGGAGAGGUUCGUGAACUUCAGCCAGAGGCACAACCUGAGCCGGGCAGAGCUGCAAGACUUCCUCCGGGAGUACCAAGAGGCCAGUGUGGCCGGGAUCCGGGUCGAUGACAUCAGACCCCGAUGGGAUUUUACCGGGGCCUUUUAUUUUGUGGGGACUGUGGUUUCAACAAUAGGGUUCGGCAUGACCACCCCAGCCACCGUUGGAGGAAAAAUUUUUCUGAUAUUUUAUGGCCUUAUAGGAUGUGCAGGGACCAUUUUAUUCUUUAACCUGUUCCUGGAGCGCUUGAUCACGGUCAUAGCCUACAUCAUGAAAUCCUGCCAUGAGAGACAGCUGAGGAGAAAAGGGGUCCUCCCUCAUGACAGCCGGCGAGGCUCAGGGAACUCUGAGGUGGACAGCUUGGCAGGGUGGAAGCCAUCUGUGUACUAUGUCAUGCUCAUUUUAUGUGUAGCAUCACUCAUCAUUUCCUGUUGUGCCUCUGCAAUGUACACACCGAUUGAAGGGUGGAGUUACUUUGACUCACUUUACUUUUGCUUCGUGGCCUUCAGCACUAUUGGUUUUGGUGACCUGGUCAGUAGCCAAAAUGCCCAGUAUGAAAGCCAAGGCCUUUACCGAUUUGGCAACUUUGUCUUCAUACUCAUGGGGGUUUGCUGUAUCUAUUCCUUAUUUAAUGUGAUCUCGAUUGUUAUCAAACAGUCCAUAAACUGGAUAUUAAAGAAGCUGGAUUGCAGGUGCUGCCCCAGAUGCCAAAGAAAAUUCUUUAGGUCACGGAGGAAUGUUGUGAUGCCAGGGAAUGUGCGGAGCCGGCGGAACAUCUCCAUUGAGACUGAUGGCGUCAAUGAGAGCGACACAGAUGGACGCCGGCUGUCUGGCGAGAUGAUCUCCAUGAAAGAUUUCUUAGCCUCCAACAAAGUGUCACUGGCCAUCAUGCAGAAACAGCUGUCAGAAACUGCCAAUGGCUACCCAAGGCAGUUGAACUCUAGUUCUAAACAUAAUGGAUUCUCUGGCGGGGUAGGAGCCCUAGCGAUUAUGAAUAAUAGGCUGGCAGAGACAAGCGUGGAUAGGUAA